AGAUAUGAAUAACUCCAGCAGAUGGGUUGGAAGGUGAGGAAGACAAUAAUAUCUGAGCUCACUCUCUGAAUACCAACAACGUUUAACAGCACAACUGUAACUUUUUGAACUCUGCCGGCUGUGGAGAAGCGACAGGGGUUCAUUUGAUUCAGUAAAUAGUCACAACGGGUCGCUAAUAUUUUGUUUACAUUCUUUUUUGUUUUUAUCCUUGCGCACGUUGUUUUAACUUCUUCUGUUGGCGGAAACUCCGGAAUUAUGUUGCCGAUAUUUUCUUCGAUUACAAACCGCGUCACUCGUGACAGUAUCUUUUAAUCAAUGAAAUGGGAUUUACCUGCACGACAGACGUGUCGUGGGACUGUACAUCUGUGACAGUUGGACAACCAACCUCCUGAACCUGCUCGGACACUUAAACACGUUUGUUUACUUAUUUAUCUUCUUUUUUUUAAUCAUUAUCCAUGAUGGAGUCUGUUGGGAAGUUUGAGUUCAGCAGGAAAGACCUGAUUGGCCACGGAGCCUUCGCAGUUGUGUUCAAGGGAAGACAUAAAGAGAGACGUGACUGGGAGGUUGCUGUGAAGUGCAUCAACAAGAAAAACUUGGGGAAAUCGCAGUCUCUUCUUGGUAAAGAAAUCAAAAUAUUAAAGGAGCUGAAACAUGAAAAUAUUGUCAGUCUGCUUGACUAUCAGGAAAUGGGAGGUUGUGUGUAUCUUGUCAUGGAGUACUGCAAUGGAGGUGACCUGGCAGAGUACCUUCACUCCAAGGGCACAUUAAGUGAGGACACAAUCCGAGUGUUCCUCCAGCAGAUUGCUCAGGCCAUGAAGGUCCUGCAGAGCAAAGGCAUCCUUCACAGAGACCUAAAGCCCCAGAACAUCUUGCUCUGCCACCCAGAGGGGCGCAGGUCCAGUUCCACAAACACCUACAUUAAGAUAGCUGACUUUGGGUUUGCACGUCAUCUCCAGACAAACACUAUGGCAGCCACACUGUGUGGCUCUCCUAUGUACAUGGCUCCUGAGGUCAUCAUGUCCCAGAACUAUGAUGCCAAGGCUGAUCUGUGGAGCAUAGGCACAAUUGUGUACCAGUGUCUGACUGGAAAGGCACCAUUUCACGCCAGCACACCGCAGGAGCUCCGUCUCUUUUAUGAAAGCAACAGGACCUUGUUACCCAGCAUCCCAAAGGAGACUUCUAGUCACCUCAGAAACCUACUACUACGGCUGCUUCAGAGGAACCACAAUGAGCGGAUCAGCUUUGAUGAUUUUUUCCACCAUCCGUUCCUGGAGACGAGCUCAUCUUUAAAGAAAUGCUCUCCAGCUCCCAUGUUCAUUUGCCCCAGUUCAGACUUGGGCAGUUCUUCUAGCAGCUCCUCCACAUCCCAUCAGGCUUCACCUCAACAUUCCAAUGGAGAGAUCCCCCAACUCAAGCCCAAAGUGCAGUACUCCGCUACACAAAACACUGCUGGCUUCCUGCCGAGAGAAAUGGCCAAUCAAGAGAGUAGGAGCACCUCAUCUUACACAGAGGAUUAUGUCAUGGUGCCUGCCCAGUUCCCCAGUGAAUACACAUGUGAUGUGGAUGCUGAGUUACCGAUUGAAAGUUGUCUUAUAUACAGUGGCAGCUCACUGGUGGCAGAGCCUGGUCCUGGGCCUGAAGGAAAGACACCUCUACCCUGUCCCCUGCUUCACUCUCCCUCCAAACCUGUUAGCAAGCCUGUUGAAUUUGCUGGCCGCACCUGCAGCGACUCCGUGCCCAUUCCUGUCCCAACACAGAUUCGAAACUACCAGCGUUUGGAGCAGAACCUGCAGCCUUUUGGUUUGCAUGGCUCCACCAGAGUCCCACUGUGCUGUGCAGGCCGGAGCAGUGGAAGUUCCCCACAAUUUGGAGACUGUAGAGCUCCAGGUCCAGGAUUUGUCCACAACUCCCCGAGGUUGGCAGCUGGAGGAGCCCAGCCACAACAGUGCUCCCCACUAGUGGGAACCACCCCGAAGACUUCAGAGCAGACUCUCCCUCUCAGCACAAGAACUGGACUGCUCACUGGCUCUCCUGACAUGCAGGGCACCUCCAGCCCCAAGCAGGUUCAGUCGUCAAUGCCAAACCGGGUCAGGAUGAUCAAAGACCUGCAACCCUUUGACCCAUCUGCUGCUACUCACACCAACCUCUGCAGGAAAUCUGCCAAUAAAAAGGGUCCUUUUAAAAGAGGACUGAGCCCAGGCAGGCUGUCUGACAUGCUGCUGAAGGCGGCCUUUGGAACCGAAGAGGGAAGUGGCGAAAGCCUUAACAGUGAGAAAAGCAUGGACAUAACAGCUCCACCCACUGGUCAUAAUAGGGGCUUUCAGUGCUCAGACAGCCCACCUCUUGCAGUCUUCACCAUAGGUUCUCCAUCCAAAGGAAACACUCCUCCUGAUACCGUGGUAUCAAAGAUGUUCUCAGGUUCUCCCAGCUACAUUAACUCAGCCUGGCUACUUAACAGCCGCCUCCUCCAGAGAGGAAGCCGUAGAGACAGUGAGACUGAAGCUAUGGACGCUACUACACACAGCAAUCUGGCCUUUCACCCUCCAGAGCUCGCUGAAGAUACACUGAUGGAGCAGGCUCAUACAGAUGCCCUGAGUGACCUGCGUUUCACCUUGGCUUUUGUCCAUUGUGUCAUUGAAUUGGCUUCUUCUAAAGAACCAGAGCUGGAUGCCAUCAGCAGUCCUGAUGUCUCCUUCCUGGAGCAGAGCUUGGUGGCAGAUCAGAUUAGCCUUCUGAGUAGGGAAUGGAGCUAUGCCGAGCAGUUAUUGUUGUACAUGAAGGCUGAGGAGUUUCUGUCAUCGGCACUGCACACUGCCAAAGAGAAUAUUAAACAAGGCCGACUCCAUCCCUCUGCUAUAGUCAAACAAGUGAUCAGGAAGCUGAAUGAAUUGUACAAGAACUGUGUAACAUACUGUCGCUCCCUCAACGAUCGCCUGCAGACCUUUUUGCUUGACAAGCAGAAGCUUAUGGACCGAUUCAAUGGCCUCACAGCAGAGAAGCUCAUCUACAGCCACACUGUGAACAUGGUACAGUCUGCUGCUUUAGAUGAGAUGUUCCACCAUGGCACAUCAUCAGUCCAGCGCUACCAUAGAGCCCUUCUGCUGAUGGAGGGUCUUUCCCGAAUCGUCACAGAGCAAAAGGACAUUGACAGCAUAGAUAAAUGUAAGCAGUGUAUUGAGCGACGCCUUUCUGCACUGCAAACUUAACAGUAUCCAUUAGCUCUACAACUGCACAGCUACAGGAUUAUCUUGCCUCAUCCAUCUCCCCUCGAUGUAGAUGAAUCCACCUUGACUGUCGGUACACACAAGCACUUUGAUCUUUCUUCAAGGAAAAUGACCACUGGAGCAUCCGCUCUACCAAAACCCUGUCUCUUAUCUCAACGUAAAUGCACAGAAUAGACUGGAAGUCCUGUUUUGUACACAUUUUUAAGUGUUUAAAAAUGAUUGUUUGGAUAUUUUGACAUGGUAAAUGUCUCUCAGUAUUUGCUUUGGUAUAUUCUGUAUGUGUUAGUGUGUUGUCUUGCAUGUAGAACUGUCAGAUUAAAUAAUAACUGAUUUUUAAUGUGUUGUACUUGACGCAGGGCAACAAGGGUCAACACUGUCGCCUAACAGCAAGUGAGGCCGGGUACACCGGCUUCCUCCAAUUAUCCUAAUACAUGCAGGUUAGUUUAAUUGGUGACUCUAAAUUUCCUUAAGAGACUGGAGAUCUGUCCAGUGUGCCACCUGCAUCUUGCCCAAUGUAAGCUGGCAUUGGCUGCAGUCACCCUGCGACCCUCAAAGGAUAUAGCAAAUGGAUGGAUGUACUUGAAACCAAAAUUGUUUUGUUUUUUCUGUAUUUGAGGCAUUUGUGUUAUUUGUACAGUAAAACUUCACAGGCAAACUGGAGUCACAAUAUUCUGGAUGAGAUGACCAAAUAUUGCCAAUGUGCAGCAAUACGUAGUAAAACUGUACUUUUUACAUUUUCCAUUACAGCAUAGUAGUGGCUGUAACGAAUAAUUGUCUUAACUUGUAUUAAGUAUGUUCUUUUAUGUUUUAAUGAAAUUUAUGUUUUGUAACCACUGAUUCAACUAUGUAUGAUAAGCUUGGUCAUGAGGUAAUUCAAGUGACAUUAAAUGCAUGACACGUCACAUUUGUUUUCUUUUUCAGUUGUGCUCAUUUUUAUUUUAGAGGUAGGUGCAAGUUGUGUUAAAAGUUUGUGAAUUUAUUUUUACCUGAUUUCUGUCUGCUGCACAUUAGUUUAUUACAAUUACAUAGUCAAUAUUUUUUGAAUGUUUUGUGUUAAUAUCAAUAUUAUGUGUUUGAAAAUGAAGUUCAUUAGAAGUUAUCAUAUUGCCUUUUCUACUUUUAUGACAGCCAGUUAAACCUGCUAAAAUGAGUUGUUACAUUCAGAGAUGAAAAUAAAUAUUUAUUGUUAAACAA